CCUGUAGCAUCAUGAUCAAGAUCAAGAUCAUCCGAUGUCUGCCAAGUAAACAAAUAACUGCAAACGUAUUUCAGUGACUUGAGACAUUGAAUUAACUAAAUUAUAAGUUAAAGAAGCACCAUAUAUAGCUGUGGUACAUUUUCUUUUCCGUCGUUCACAUUGCCUGUGAUAUUAAAAUAGCGAAAUUGUGUAUGUAACAACUUGUUCGUUGUGGGAGGAAGACAUGUGCAGCGAAAUGCCAAUUGAUUGCGGACAUCACAAAUUUGAGGAGCCAAAGCGUGCUGUGCUUUGUCCUGCUGAUGUGAAGAAAUGGGAACAGUCCUCUGCCUACCAGGAUAUUUUAGGCUUCAUAACAUCUAUGAAUGUAGCAGUGAAGGGCAAGAAAACCAGUGCACCAUGUAUCACCAGCUCACUCACAACAAGUCUGCUAAAAAUGUUGGACACCAUCAGCCAGUGGGUUGGUGACAUCCCUCCAAUUGACCAGCCUCAGCGCUAUGGGAAUAAAGCCUUCAGAGACUUCUAUUCAAGAUUUAAGGAGCAAGGUGAAAGAAUCAUGAGAGAGGCACUGCCUGAAGAAUUUCAUCCAGCUGUUGCAGAGAUAGCAGUUUAUCUUCAAGAAAGUUUUGGUAACUCUACAAGAAUUGAUUAUGGUACUGGGCAUGAGCUGUCCUUUAUCAUGUUCCUUUGCUGUUUAUUCAAAAUAGGAGCAUUGAAGCAAGAAGACUCAGCUGCUGUUGUGACACAGAUAUUCAACAGGUACCUUUCCUUGUGUCGUAAACUUCAGACAACUUACAAGAUGGAGCCAGCAGGGAGUCAAGGAGUUUGGAGUUUGGAUGAUUACCAGUUCAUUCCAUUCAUUUGGGGAUCAUCUCAACUUCAAAUGAACCCAAAAAUUUCUCCAGAGAUGUUUUGCAAUGAAAAAACUGUUAAUGACAAUGCAGAUGACUACAUGUUCCUCAGUUGCAUCAAAUUCAUAUUAUCAGUAAAAACUGGACCCUUUGCUGAACAUUCCAAUCAGCUAUGGAAUAUCAGUGGUGUUCAGUCCUGGACUAAAAUCAACCAAGGUUUGAUCAAGAUGUACAAAGCAGAGGUGCUACACAAGUUCCCAGUUGUGCAGCAUGUACUCUUUGGUAGCAUCCUGUCCAUUUAUCCUGCCACAGAAAUGGUGUAUUACCCACCAUCUGGGACUGAUAUGCCUCCUCUUAGCAGUAAAAAUCCAGCAGCAUCAUCCUUCUUGACCUCAAAGACAGUGCAGGGAAAAUUACCUUUUAAUGAUGUAGUUCCAAGUAUGUCUAAUUAUGGAAAAAUGCCACAAAAUUUGCCAUUAAAUGACAGCUUAGCCAAUGUGAGUAAAAUGCCCCAAGGAGCAGGCUCAAUUGAUCAUGUUGCAGUUAACAGAAAUUCAAGUUCAGUUGCCAGUAGAUCCACAAAUAUAUCCUGUGCUGAUGAGAGACACCCAGCUAUGUCUCCAUUGAAUCCAUUAACUGUCAGUAGUUUUCCAAAAUGCAAUAUUAGCACAGAAAGUAAUAAUGAAAAUAGAAAAUAAUUCACCAUGUAUAAUACUUAUUGACCUUAUUUCAGUCAAAAGAAAAAUACAAGUAAAUUAACUAGAAUAAAUGGAAAUUUGAACUUCUCCAUUUUCAUAUAUAUAUAUAUAUAUAUAUAUAUAUAUAUAUAUAUAUAUAUAUAUAUAUAUAUAUAUAUAUAUAUAUAUAUAUAUAUAUAUAUAUAUAUAUAUAUACACACACACACACACACACAGUGGUACCUUGGAUUAUGCCUUUAAUCCAUUCCAUGACCCAGGGUACAACCUGAUUUGGGUGCAAGUUGGAUCUUCAUUUCCCAUUGAAAUCAAUGGGAAAUUAAUCUGUUCCAGUGCAAAAAAUUUUUUAAAUUUCCUCUAAUAUCACUUACAUCACAAACUAAUGGAUAAAGAAUGGUGGUGAUAUGAGGUAUCUGAAACAUAAGGAUCAUAAAGUAAUGUCUCCUGGCUCAGGAGUAAUCCCAAGUUACCUGGAGCAUCAGGAUCAAGACCACUCUCAUAUAUUCCAAUGAUUUUUUUUUUUUUUUUUCAAUGGUUAUCUCUCUUUUCUUCUUCCCACCACUUGCAUUAGAACUUUUCACUUGCUUUGGAGGUAUUUUCAGGGUAGAAUUAUCACAAAAUAAGAUGGGAAGAUGAUGGUGGAAUGCUGUGGCACUACUGGUAGCAUGGGCGCAAGUCAGGUUCAUGGGUGCAUGUCAAGGCAAAAUCUGAGCAUCUGGAAAGGAUGUAAGUUGGUUCAGACAUAUACCAGGACAGGCGUAGCCCAAGGAGCCACAGUAUGUACAGUAGGUUAAGCGACAACAAACAUGAUUCAUUCCAGUGUAGCAUUCGUUAUGGCAAAUGUGUUAUGGCGACUGAAGAACCCAUGGGAAAAAAUUAAUUGAUUCCAGGGAACCAGACAAUAACACAAAAAAAUUCCACUUUUUUUUUUAAAGUACAUCAAAAUGAGCACAUCUGCACUACCUACUACAUUUUAGAUAACACAACAAAUAUAUACAGUAGCCUCCUAAGUUUCACACCUAGUCCUAAAUUCUUACCAUCCCAAGCUUCACUCAUUAUCAUCCUGAAUUUUGCACUGCUUUGACAAGUAUUGGUCACAUUUACCUACUGUAGACAUCAGUAAACACCCAUAAGUCUGAGUCGUCUCUCUCUCUCUCUCUCUCUCUCUCUCUCUCUCUCUCUCUCUCUCUCUCUCUCUCUCUCUCUCUCUCUCUCUCUCUCUCUCUCUCUCUCUCUCUCUCUCUCUCUCUCUCUCUCUCUCUCUCACUCAAAGUUAGAACAAUCCUAAGGGAAAGAGACUGAUUGAGAAUGAAAAUGAAAUUACAUACAUGAAAGUGAGAGAGUGAGAAACAAUGAAGCAAAAAUUACAUAAAAUGAAUGAGAGAGAGAGAGAGAGAGAGAGAGAGAGAGAGGUAUCACUCUAGUCCCUUAUCUCUGAUAGAUAAGGGGGAUGGGAGGUGAUGGGGAGGGAGGUUUGAGACAAGACGAAAGAAGGGAGAGGAAAGGAAAAAAGAGAGGAAAUGACAGGUGGCAGAUAGGUGAGCACAGCAAGUGAGUUAGUUUUGCGAGUUUUUAGUUUGUUAUCCCGAUUAAAUUUUUAUUAAAAUUUCAGUGCUUGCAUGAAUGGCAAGUUCAUCUUGCCAAUUUUGGUUUAUUAUUCCAAUUAAACUUUUAUAGAAAUUCCAGUGCUUGCACAAGUGGUGAGUUUGUUAUGCCAGUUUUGGCUCAUUAUGAUGAUUAAAUAUUGAUUAAAA